GCCCAGCGCAGCAAAUCUCAACCAAGUGAUGAUGAGAGCUCUGGAGAUGAGCCUUACGAUGAUGAAGACUUCUACUCUGGAUCCGGCUCUGGCUAUCCAGAUAUAAAAGUUAGACCGUCUUCAGUGGGCGUGGUUUUCACUACAGAGGAGCCCCUCCCACUCUCCACCACCCAGGCCACAGGCCCUGCCCCCUCGGCCUCUCCUGCAGCAGAGCCAAGCAGUCCGCCUCCACCCGAGGUAGAGCGGGAGAGCGGUUUGGGUCAAGAUGUCGACAGCAAACUAGAAAUUGAGAAAAAGUAUGAAGAGUAUGACGAGGAGGAAGAAAUUCGGCCAACGAGGAAGGAGCAGGAACCUGAUACUGAGAAAGUACAAGAGCGAGAGCAAGAUCGGUCGAAGGCUACAGUUGCGCCACGACUGACUGACGUUCCUAUAGUGUUUUUGGGCUCCUCUACUGUUGGUGGAGCCACAGAGACCACUACUGACCUCGAGGAUCUCGGCGGCAGAGAAGAAGAAACAGAUGAAGAUCUGUAUAUUACUAAAGAAACUAUCGUUUUAGAUCCAUCCAGCGAGACAGAUAUGAUAACCGAUGAGAUCACAACCACCGAGUUUAUACCCACCACCAUUCCAUCCACCACUGCUAAACCGACCAGGCCACGUCCUAUUCUGACCACUCCAAGCCCCACCGCUGUGCGCCCCAGGCAACCACAGACCACGCCCAGCAGAGCCGCUCCGACCGAGAGCAGCACUCGUUCAGUGAUGACCACAACACAGACGCAAGUGCCAGAUGAAACUGUAAAUAAUGAAGUCGCAGGGCCGGGUCCAAGUGGAGAUUUCGAAAUCCGCGAGAAUGAGGUCCGCCAGAACAAUGAUCUGGGGCGAGGCCGAGCGGUGCCAGGAGAGCCGGAUCUGACCGGAAACACAGUUGAUGCUGCUGGAAGUUCAGCUGCACAGCUUCCACAGAAGAACAUCCUCGAGAGGAAGGAGGUUUUGAUAGCGGUGAUCGUCGGAGGUGUAGUCGGCGCUCUCUUCGCCGCGUUCCUGGUAAUGUUACUCGUCUACCGGAUGAAAAAGAAAGACGAAGGCAGCUACACAUUGGAGGAGCCCAAACAAGCCACCGUCACCUACCAGAAACCAGACAAGCAGGAGGAAUUCUACGCCUAAAACUCCACAUAUUCAUCGUCCUGCAUCUCUCCGACCUCGUCCCGUCUCUCUGACCCUUUUUUUUUUUCUUAAAUCUCACCCCUUUUUCCUUUGAUCCUUCCCUCGUUUCCCCCAUGAGAGUGCCUCUCAUUCCACAGACUCUGAACUUUCUUUUCCAAAAAACAAAAAAAGGAGAAAAAGAUUAAUGUAGAAACAUUAGAAUUGUUUGUGGGUGGGGCUUGAGGUUGGGGGUGGGGCCAAAUGGGGGCGUGGCAAACAUGAGGGCGGGGCUUGAGUGUACACAUACACAGAGAAGAAACUUUUUUAAGACAUGUUAUUAUUGAUAUGUUUAGAAUCGUUGACCUGAUUUUUUUCGUUUGUUUGUUUCUUUGGGGGUUUUGUAAAGACAGAUGUGCACAAUAUUACUCUCAAAUUGAACCUGGGAGAUAGAUGGAAGCAUGAAAAAAGAAAAAAAAAGACAUUUGGGGUCAUGGAGGGAUUGUGCAAGUCAGAAAGAAGAGUUGCAUGGCAGAAGUAGAGGAGAAAUCUGAAGUCUAUACUCGAAAUGCUCUUCUGUCACCAAGGUCACGUUGUGUGGUGCCUUCCAUUUCCCUGGUGCUAGCAAUGCAGAGUGAGUAUGUGUGUGUGUGUGUGUUUGCAAUCAUACCACCCCAGCCUAGACACACACACACACACACACACACACAUAUACACAACCCGACUCCCUCUGCUGACGAAAGCAUGACAUUACUGUCCGAACAGGGAGCCCGAAACACGUACAAACACACACACACAGCACAUUAAAAACACUGAGCGUCCGCUGUGAGGGAGCGCAUGCAUAGAAUCAGAGGACUAGCCUCUCCUCUGCUCUGUAUAAAGACUUUAGUAAUCAUUAGUAAUAAUCAAUAAUAUAUCAGCAGCUCUGAACGGAAGGAAAGCGGCGAUCAUAAUAUUCGUAGUGAAGGAUAUUAUUAUCUAUUUAGCUGUGCGGUAAGGUUUUAUCGGUGUAAAUAUCAACUCAACUUUUGUUUUGGUCAUGCUUUUAAAUCAUGAUAUCGUAGUUCAAAUUAAACACGUGCUAUUAAAAAACUCACAUGGAUGAUUUUAUAUUUUAACCCCAGGAGUAAUACUGACACCUUUGCUCGGUGCUUUAGUAGUUUUUGUUUUGAAGCACAAGGUUGGUUUUUAACAGACAUUUAGUUUGGAAAUUUCGCAUACACGCCACACAAACUGCCCUGAUGGACGGUCAUGCUCGAGGUGGAUGCCGUAGGAAAGUGUUGAUGAGGAACUUGCGUGUUUUCUGGGGGUGUUGGGUUAUUAGUGCUGUGGGUGACAUAUAAAUGAGCGUUCUGUCAGCAUUAACUC